UCUAGUCCUGGGCUGCUGCUCCAGUCCAGUCCCUUCUUCAUUCAGCGUCAGUCAGUCGGUGGGGAAGGAGGGGUGGGUUAGGUGUUCCUCUCCUUCUCUUCUCCCCGGUUUCUCUCGGCCAUGGAGGCGCAGAAAGAAGCUCUGCAAAGGAUUAUCUCUACAUUGGCACACAAAAAUGAUGAAAUCCAAAAUUUCAUUGAAACACUAAAUCACACUCUAAAAGGUGUACAGGCUAAUUCUUCUAGUGUAAUUGCUGAGCUGGAUGAGGAGUUUGAUGGCUUAUAUUCAAUACUUGAUGAGAUGAAGGAGAGCAUGACAACUAGUAUCAAGCAGGAACAUGCUCAUAAAACCCAAGAACUUCAGAGUCAACUUAGCCAAUGUAGUAGUGCCCUAGAGAACUCUGAAGAAUUGCUGGAAUUUGCCACACGGUCACUGGACGUAAAGGACACUGAGGAAUUUUCAAAGGCUGCCAGACAGAUCAAGGAUAGAGUUACAAUGGCUCCAGCAUUCCGCCUGUCUUUGAAACCCAAAGUGAGUGACAACAUGACGCAUUUGAUGGUGGACUUCUCUCAGGAAAGACAAAUGCUCCAGGCUCUAAAAUUUUUGCCAGUUCCCAGAGCUCCAGAAAUAGUUCUAUCAGACUGCCUCGUAGCUGACAACUCUGUAACAGUAUCCUGGCAAAUGACAGAAGAAGACAGCAAAAUUGAUCACUAUGUUCUAGAAUAUAGAAAAACCAACUUUGAUGGGCUUCCUCGAAUAAAAGAUGAGAGGUGCUGGGAAACUAUAGACUAUAUUAAGGGCACAGAAUAUACUCUGUCAGGUUUGAGGUUUGAUUCGAAAUAUAUGAACUUCCGUGUCCGUGCUUGUAACAAGGCUGUGGCUGGAGAUUAUUCUGAUCCUGUGACAUUAGAGACAAAAGCUCUUGUAUUCAAUCUGGAUGGUUCUUCAUCUCAUAUUAAUUUGAAAGUUGAAGAUUCCUGUGUUGAGUGGGACUCCACAGGAGGCAAAAGCCAGGAAAACAAAAUAAAGGGGAAAGAGAACAAAGGCAGUGGCCAGAUCACCCAUCUGAAGAACAAUGCAAGAAGUGGCACUCCAUCUCCAAAACGGUCAUCAGUUACCUCACGUUCACCUUUGAUAAGAGGAAGCAGAGAUAGAUUUACUGGGGAAUCGUACACAGUGUUAGGUGAUACUACUAUUGAAAAUGGGCAACACUACUGGGAAGUAAAGGCCCAGAAAGACUGCAAAUCCUACAGUGUAGGAGUAGCAUAUAAAAAUAUGGGGAAAUUUGAUCAGCUGGGAAAGACUAAUACAAGCUGGUGUGUACAUGUAAAUAACUGGCUCCAGACCACAUUUGCUGCCAAACACAAUAAUAAAGCAAAAACAUUAGACGUCAUUGUUCCAGACAGAAUAGGAGUCUAUUGUGACUUUGAUGGAGGUCAGCUCUCUUUUUAUAAUGCAACUUCAAAGCAGUUACUGUACACCUUCAAAACGAAAUUCACCCAACCACUCUUACCAGGCUUCAUGGUUUGGUGUGGUGGUCUUACAUUAACAACAGGACUUCAAGUUCCUACUGCUGUAAAAACGCUGCAGAAGAGUGAAAAUGGAUUAAGCGGUUCUUCUAGUAGUCUAACCAAUGUUGCCCAGUGAUGUUUCCACUUCUAGGUUUACUGCUUUUCUUUGCAGGUAGUAUUUGAAGGGUUUGUGAGCAACGGUUUAAUGUGUUCCUGCUAUUUCUAAGGCCUGAGUGCCACUACUGCAAAAUGUUUGGAGCUGCACUGAAGUGUUAGCAGGAAUGUACUGCGAAUCUGCAGUGUAAUAGGAAAAUAGGCAUCUUUUUUUUAGAGGAGAAAGUAUUUGAGGCUGUAGCUAUGUGCUUCUUCUAGACUAAAUUUGAUUACUUGUCUAUGGAUGCUUAUAACUGAUCACUUCAACAUGAUGUAGAGCCAAGACAGUUAUGAUCUUAUUGUAAAAGCCCUAAAUGCUUUUCUUCUCUAUAGACUCACUCCUGAUGCUGAGCUAGGGAGUCAUGCACUGAGGCUUCACCAAUAACCUGUUAAUGCUAGUCUAAAGGUUUACCACCCAGUAAAAUAGAAAGGGGGAGGGUUAAAAUACAUCUAUUUUGAUCAGUGUCCUUCAGUUUAAGAUUGCUACUAAACUGUUACGGUUAACCUUGGAACAUGUCAUGGACCACAUUUUGAACUGGUGUUUGGACACAGUGUCCCAUUAACCAGAUAGAAUAUUUUGUGGAAUGAAGAAUGUCACUUGCAUUAAAUGCUGUAUGAUCAUGUUAUUUAUCUCCAAUUUUUGAAGUGCUUUCCUUAUGUGAAAUACUUGUAAUGGUGGAGAUUAAGUCACAUUGCUGAAUUCAGUCUGAACUAUGUUGAUAAAACAGUUCUCUAGAUUUUUUUUUCUGAAUGAGCAAACCUCUUUGAGGUAACAUUGCUCUCAGAGUCUGCUCAAGCCAUGCUGCUUUAUCUGUAAACAACUGGAUUGUUCCAUAUAUACACCUUAGUUCUUAAGCCUUUAAAACUAGAUGGAAUCUAUAAUUGUUGAACUCCCAGAUAGUCAAAUACCUUAAUUCUCUAACGUGGGAAAUAUUCUGGUCCUAAACGAUCCAUUUCAAAGCUUUUUUCUUUAGCUAUAAAAAGUAGAUUAUACAUUCCAGUUUGAAGACCCAUAAUUCAUGUGCUCAUAUUAUGGAGUCAGAAGCAUAAAUGAAGGUUGGCAUGUCUAGAUUUCAUGGUACUUUUCUUCUCACCUUUAUAAAAUUUUGUCUUGGCUUCUUUCUCAUGUUUCCAACAAAGCACUUAGUGUUGGGUUUUUAAAAAGUUUCUGUAGGUUUGCUGGCGGUCUCUGAGAAACCUCACAAAAGGACAUUAAAGGAUAUGUGUUUUUGUUUGUUCUGAAAAAUAGAUUCAGUUUGGAUGUUUACCUUCUCAGUGGAAUUAUGUAAAUUGCUUCUACAGAAUUCUUUAUGUGUCUAUGUUUAUCUAAUCAGUGUUCUUUCUUGUCCUCUUGCAAAAGAGUUCCCUACCAGCAAAUCAGAGUAAGGAUGUUCAACAGAAUUCGGAUCACUUAAAAUGUCCUUCUCUGUUUAGCUUUAUCAUGUAUUCCAAUAAUCAAAGAACACAUGAUUUAUUCCAGUGUUACAUUCUAUACUGCAACACUUCCCUGUACUUCUGAUGCCGAUUCUUUUUGUAUUUGCCGCACUUAACCUCAAGUUUUUAUUCCUUGCACUUUUGAUCUGUGAAAUAAAGGUGUUUUGAUAACAGGUUUCGAGAUCAAAUAUCAGCUACUGUUGGGGUAAAACAGAGUAUAUAAAAUACUUUAGUGAAUAUUUUGAGUCCUGUAAACCAACAUCCAGUUAGUCUGCAUAGUGGUGAGAUCCCCAAAGUUCAAAUGAUACCAUUUGGGUAUAAGUUCCUAUUAGCCACUAAGUAAGCUAUGAAAACAGGACUGAGGUUAUGGUUUUUCCCUUGGUGUGUACAUGCCCACAGUAUAUCUAGUUCAAACAUCUUAAAGAAUUUUCUACAGAUUAACUGACCUGCAUAGGAAUCCAGAUGCAGUUCCAUGGUUAGAGUUUCCUAACAUGCAUCUGGAAGCAUAAACUGACACAUAGCUGAGGGUUAUUAUUAUUUUUCUUUAUGGAAAGACUACUGUGAAAUUGUGACACUGGUGCUUAGUUCUGUUGCUGCUCAACAGGGUAGUUCCCUAUCAGUUCAAUGAAAUAGGGUACAGUGAUGAGAGGAAAUGCCUUAAGCACUUUAGACAUGUUUCUUAGAUUGUGAAAUGUAUGCGCUCACAACCCUGACUGGUUCUCAUUCUGGAAUAAGCAUGCUGAUGUUGGUGCAAUUGAGAAAAGGAUUGCUCAGUUUGAUUGUGUUGACUCUUCAAGUGGCAGUUGUGGUUGACAAGGCAUGGCGUUUUCCCUGUAUGUACAUAAUUUGUCCGCAUACCCAAUGUAAAAUUUAAAGUAUUUUUGUAUUUGUAGCAAGCAAGGGUUUGUUUUGUAUAUUUACAGGAAAAAAAAACCUAAGGUGUAUGACUAAUUUAGUGUUCAGAAAUUAUGACCUUUCGUUUAUUAUAAUUAUGUAACAAAAGUUGGCUUCAUCUUAGGGAAUCCAAUAGCAAAUUGAAUUUAAACGUCAGACUGUGUGAACUUGCUGAGAGUUUCAAAUGUGAACGUCUUGAACACCCAAGCCAAUAUUAUGAAUGGGAUUUCAAGGUUUAAUAUUUGAAUGUUAUACAAUAACUAAAGACUUAAUUUUAAGCUCGAGGACUUAGCAACACCACCUUCGGUCACUCUCUUCUGUUCUUUAUCCUGUUUGCUAGGACUCUAUUCCCUUUUGCGGUGUAGAACAGGUUGGAAGCAAGAUACAGUCUGGCAAAUAUUGACAAGUUAGUAUUUUGUAUAGUCAUUUUUCAACUGAGUGUAAUAGUAUAAUGGUUGUCCAUCUUGUUAACCUUACCUGUUCUGGACGUUAUUUUUUCCCCUGGGAUUAAAGUAAAGUGUUCUGAAAGUUAAUUGAUUUGAAGGGGACCUUUAAAUUUGCUCACCCUCUCUGGCACCUCUUCCACCCUGCAGAAAUAAAACGGUUUGACACCACUUUUGCCAUGACUUUAUCCUACAAAAUAGGGUAUUUGUAGUUUGGUGAGGUCUUCAACCUGGUCUGUCUCAGAGAUCUGGUGCCUCAGCAAACUACAAAUCCCAGGAUUCUGUAGGAUAGAGUCGUGGCAGUUAAAGUGGUGUCAAUCUGCUUUAUUUCUGCAGUGUGGCUACACCCAUGCCUUGCAUUGGGCAGGUUUUGCCCCAUGAGCUGUUCAGUUUUCACCUAUGAUAAACACUUCUGCUUGUGCCUUCUCAAAAUGGCUCAAUAUCAUUACUUUGCUAGAGGCAUAAGGUGUUGAUGCUAGAAUGCUUAUUGCUGUUACAUCAUACUGAUCUUACUGAACAGGGAAGAUUGCACAUUGACAGUACCUCAGGUAUGCAGUGCUUCCUUCUUGUUAAGUAUCCUAAGACAACAGCCCUACUUGCCAUAGCAACACUGUAAAAUCCGGGUGCCUUAGACCCCAUGGAGUGUUUUUAUUUGCUGUGUCUUGAAAUCAAACACAUCUUACAGGCGUUUUGUAUUAAUAAAACUUUUUAAAGACUGCA